AUUUUAUUUAUUUUNUUGAUUUUUAUUAUUUUAAUUUUUNUAAUAAUNUUUUAUUAUUUAAUUAAUUUUAAUUAUAAUUGAGUAAAAGAAAAAAACUCACCUUUUGAAUGUGGAUUUGACCCAUUCUCUUUAUCUCGUGUCCCAUUUUCAUUAAAAUUUUUUUUAAUUGGAAUUAUUUUUUUNGUUUUUGAUGUGGAAAUUGUAAUUAUUUUGCCUUUUCCUUUACUAAGAAUAAAUAAAAAUUUAAUUUUUUUCAUUUCNUUUUUUUUAAUUAAUUUAUUAAUUCUAUUAGGUUUGUUAUAUGAAUAUAAAUUUAGGAUAAUUGAUUGAAUUAAAUAA